UCAUGAGGAGCAGCGGCUACUUCUCGCUAGCAAGGAGAGACGCGAGGUGUCCGGGCGGCAAUAAGAAGCAGCAGCAGCGAUGGAUCGAGUGAGGUCUGCAUUUAACAGGAUGAUUAAAAGUGAGCGCUACAGCAGGUUCACUCUGCAGCCGGCCGAAGACGGGGAGAGGCACAUUGAGGUCAAACUGUCGGAGGACACCACCGAGGUCGGGGACUCGGCAGGGGGAUCCCCGAGCUUCAGACCGGCACCUCGACGUCAACCACGAACUACCGUCUGCUACCUGGCCCUGGGGACCCUGCUGAUAUUUGUCACCGGCUACGUGCUCGGUUACAUCAGCCACCGGGAAUCAGAGGCGGAGAAAGUGAACUGUGGCGAAGUGCCGGAAACGUCCGGCCGGCCGCUAGAGACGCCGGCCGCGAUGGACACCGCGAUGGACGCUCAGAUGGACGCUCAGAUGGACUGGGACGACGUCGCCCAACUCCUCACGCAGAAACUCACCAGCCAGGCCUUCGCCAAAACUCUGAGCGAUUUCGAUUCGCCGAGACGUUUGGCAGGAAGUGCCGAAGACGUCCGCCUGGCGAACCGCAUCUCUGAUGCCUUCAAGGACGCGGACAUGAACCCCUGGACCGACGUCCACUACGUGCAGCUGCAGAGGCCCGACAGCGUGCGUCCGAACCGCGUCCUGUUUGGUUCCGACGUCUUCAAGCCUGCAGGGUACCUGGCCUACAGCGCUAACAGGACGGUUCAGGGCAAGCUGGUCUACGGCAACUACGGCCGGCCCGAGGACCUGGACGUCCUGCAGAACAACGACGUCGGGCUGAGCGGCGCCGUGCUGCUGCUGCGAGCCGGAAAGAUCAGCUUCGCGGAGCAGGUGGAGAACGUCGCCUCGAAGGGCGCCGCCGCUGUUCUGAUCUACCCCGACAGUCAGGACUACGACUACGUGGCGGACACGGCGCUCUACGGACACGUGCACCUGGGUUCAGGAGACCCCUACACACCUGGAUUCCCCUCCUUGAACCACACGCAGUUCCCCCCGACGAGGUCCUCCGGUCUCCCCAAAAUCCCGGCCCAGACCAUCACGGCCACCAUGGCUUCAGCUCUUCUGCAUAACAUCAGUGGUCCUGAGCCGGCCGCCGCCAGCGGUUUUAAAGGCGGCCUGGCGUCGGUGUCUUACUCCCUGGGAGGCGUGGGGAACGUCACCGUGGAGGUGAACAACGUUCUGGUGAACACGGAGAUCCACAACGUGUUCGGGGUCAUCAAAGGAUUCACCGACCCUGACCGCUACGUCGUACUGGGAGCUCAGAGAGACGCCUGGGGCAAAGGUUACGCCAAGGCCACCGUGGGCACCUCCGUACUGGUGGAGCUGGCCAGGGCGGUUCACCAGAUGGUGGAGAAAGACGGGUUCAGGCCCAGGAGAAGCCUGGUGUUCGCCAGCUGGAGCGCGGGAGAGUACGGCAGUGUUGGCGCCACCGAGUGGCUGGAGAGUUAUAUGUCCUCCAUCGACAAGCGUGUCGUCAGCUACAUCAGCCUGGACGGCGUGGUCAUGGGUCGUGGGAGCUUCAUGGCGUCGGCGAGCCCGCUGCUCUACAGCCUCCUUGAGAACACGAUGAAAGAGGUGAAGAGCCCCGUCGGGUCCGGCUCGGUGUUCGAGAUGGUGGGAACGAAGUACUGGAACGCCCAAAUGCUGAAGCCGAUGUCCCUCGACGACCCCGCGUAUCCCUUUCUGGCCUUCUCUGGAAUCCCCUCCGUUUCUUUCCACUUCAUCUCUCCGAAUACCGAGGCCUACCCGUACUACGGCACCGACCUGGACAGCAUGGAUCACCUGGCUUACCAAACCAACCAUCGCACCGACGAGAUGGCGGUGGCGGCGGCCCAGUUCGCCGGCCGCGUGGCGCUGCGGCUCGUCCACGACCACCUGCUGCGCCUGGACGUGAGCCGGUACGGCGACGUGGUCACCGGGGCCGUGAUCCGGGUCUACAGGCGCGUGCAGCAGCUCAUCAAGUCGGGGCAGCUGAAGGACGUGAACGCCAACUGGCUGAACCGCGCACGCGGCGCCUUCCAGCGCGCCGCCAGACGCGUCAACAACGACGUCCGGAACACCGACUUGACCGACGAGGCCGCCUGUCGGAUCCUCAACGACCGCAUCAUGACGGUGGAGCACACCCUCCUCUCUCCGUACGUGUCCCCCCUCGAGACCCCCUUCCGCCACCUCCUGCUGGGUCGCGGCGCCCAGACUCUGGGAUCCGUCGCCGAGACCACCGACAUGGAGCAGCUGCACACGCAGCUGGCGCUGGCCACCUGGACCCUGCAGGGCUGCGCCAACGCCAUGGUGGGCAACAUCUGGGACAUCGACGAGGAGAUCUAGAGAGUGUGUGCGUGUGUGUGUGUGUGUGAGUGUGUGGUCGAGGUAAGCGGAGGGAGGAGCACCAAUAUCAGCACUUAAAGCACAAGCUGUCAAUCAGAGGUCAAAGCCCCGCCCCUUUUUAAAAACAAGCUGUAUCCCAACAAAGAUCCAGGAGGAGAUGGAAAAGUGUAAAAGGCACUAAACUAUGAAACGACUUUAAAGCACUUGUAUGCUACUGACUCCGCCUCUUCUCCUGCCUCUCUACUCCUUCCUCCUCUACUCCUUCCUCCUCUCCUCUACUCCUUCCUCUCCUCUUCUCCUUCCUCCUCUACUCCUUCCUCCUCUCUUCCUCUCCUCCUUCCUCCUCCUCUCCUCCUUCCUCCUCCUCUUCUCCUUCCUCCUCUACUCCUUCCUCCUCUUCUCCUUCCUCCUCUUCUCCUUCCUCCUCUUAUCCUUCCUCCUCUACUCCUUCCUCCUCUCCCCCUUCCUCCUCUACUCCUUCCUCCUCUACUCCUUCCUCCUCUCCCCCUUCCUCCUCUCCUUCCUCCUCUCCCCCUUCCUCCUCUUAUCCUUCCUCCUCUUAUCCUUCCUCCUCUUAUCCUUCCUCCUCUACUCCUUCCUCCUCUCCCCCUUCCUCCUCUUCUCCUUCCUCCUCUCCCCUUUCCUCCUCUUAUCCUUCCUCCUCUCCCCCUUCCUCCUCUACUCCUUCCUCCUCUCCCCCUUCCUCCUCUACUCCUUCCUCCUCUCCCCCUUCCUCCUCUCCCCCUUCCUCCUCUCCCCCUUCCUCCUCUCCCCCUUCCUCCUCUACUCCUUCCUCCUCCUCUUCUCCUCUCCUCCUGCCAUCUAAACACUGGGUAAACCUUAUUUAUUCUUAUUUAUCAGUGGCAGCGCCCACUAUAAAGUUCAUUUGUCUUUUAUACGACGUUAUCGGGAGCAGUGUCUUCCAUAAUUAUGACGGUUAUACCGUCCGAUCCUCCGGCAGCAUCUGCUACAGAAACGACUCCCUGACGUCAACGCGGAGCCCCGAAGAAACAAAGAUACAUAUUUAUGACCUUUAUUUUGGGUAGUUUUUUGUUUUUUCUUGUGGCGAAAUUACUUUAAUUUAAAAGAAAUUAAGACUUGCACUUGGUGGCAAAAUAAACAUUAAAUUAGUGGAGAAAAAGAAAGAAAAAAAACAAAAACACAAACGUUAUAAAAAUCUUUUUUUCGGGUUCAUGAUUUACAAGAAAAGCCAUUUAAGUUGCACAGUGGGGGAGUUUAUAGUACGAUUAAGUUAUCGGGAGCAGCGUCUUCCAUAACGACGAGCAGUGAUGGUAGUUUUUGCCUACCAGUGUGUGUGUGUGUGUGUGUGUGUGUGUGUGUGUAUUUAUCGGGAGCAGUGUCUCUCAUAUUUCACUUGGAAGAGUGGAGCAACUUAUCGGGGACAGUGUUUCCCAGAGUUUUAUACUUGACAUUUUCACUUUUUUUUUUUUCUUGUCUUCUUCUUCUUUAUAUUCUUUCCUCACGUUUCUGUAUCGCGCUUCAACUCGAUAUCGCAUCAUGUGACUCGUUUUCAUCCAUUACAGUUGGAGACAAAACGGUCCGCGGUGUUUUAUUUGCUGCAUCACGCCCUCAUUGUACCGGAUUAUAAACCUUUCAAAGGAUUUUAGGGGGUUAAAGCAAUGUGUGCGUUUUUGUUUUUCACGGUUUUGUGGGUGUAUGUUUCUGAUUCCUGAUAUUCAAUAAGCCAGCUAGUGGUUUUCCCCAGAAUAUAAGAUAUUAAAACGCCUGUAAUUGCUCCUAAAAAGGUGUUUAACCCGAUUUCAAACUCCAAUAUAACAUUGACAUCUUUUAUUUUAAAACACUCCAGACUAAAUGUCAAUGUGUCCUAUUUUUAAGAUGAUUACAUGUUUGUUUGAAUCCAUUUCUCCUGGUGUCACUUCUGUUGUGCUUGGUACUGUUUUUGCCCGACAGGAAGUUACAAGAAUAAAGUUACUUCAUCCAUUUCCUGCUCACUGUAACUUAAAAAAAAAAAAAAGAAUAUAACGCCUGUUUCAAAUCAUAUUUCUGUGAUCUCCGCGUUCAGUAGAAAUAAUAAAACCUUUCAGCAUCCAGUAAAA